GCGGGUGGCUUUGGUGCCCGCUUUUUCCAUUUCCUAUGGCGGAUUUCGUCUCACCGGUUCUCUCAACCUCCGGCGAUCUUCUCUCCGAUUUCCCUCUUCGCAGAAACCCUAGGACCCGUGCUCCAGCUUCCACCAUUGCUACUCCGAUCAAUUGUCCGGAAUCCACCCUCGGUAUUGCCUCCCAGCGCUCUUGAUCCAUUUGCUGCGUUCGUGUCGAUUAAUGGCAGCUCCUGAGACCAGCCGGAGAGGCUCGGCUGUUGGCAUUUCUCCUCUUGUCCUUCCUUUCCUCCCCGUGCAGCUUUCAAUGCGUUAAUGCUGUAUUCGUAUCGAUUGGGUUGGAUGACGGUUUCGUGAAGCUCGAGGGUCGCGAUAGAGAAUCAUUUCGUCAAUGUCGUUUGUGUCGUGUGCCGAUGGAAUUUGAGACCUUAAAGGAUAGGCGGAGCUGAAUUUUGAAGGCGAGAGAUCCUUAAAUUUGUGGCUCGACAGAUAUAUAUACGAACAGAGAGAUGGCGGAGGAUGGAGGAUCUGAGCGAGGGGAUACAAUGCAUGCUACAGUGUCCAUGGACUCCACUGAGUCGCGCUGGGUGUUUCAGGAGGACGAGUCUGAUAUUGAGGAUGACGAAGGCGAAGGCUAUGAUGAUUCGCCCGCCUUGGAUUCCGACGAUGACAAUGCCGAGCAUCGGUUGAUUCGGACGGGCCCUCGCGUUGAUUCUUUCGAUGUGGAAGCCCUAGAGGUCCCUGGGACCCAAAGAAAUGAGUACGAGGGUUACAGUCUGGGAAGAAGAUUUGUGAUUGCAUUUCAGAUCCUUAGCGUUGUAUUUGGUGAUGUUGGAACCAGUCCAUUGUAUACUUUCAGUGUGAUGUUCACCAAGACACCUAUCAAUGGAGAUGAAGAUGUUCUUGGAGCAUUAUCUCUUGUCCUCUACACGUUGAUUUUAAUCCCUUUGAUCAAGUAUGUCCUUAUUGUUCUUUGGGCCAAUGAUGAUGGUGAAGGUGGUACCUUUGCCUUGUACUCAUUGAUCUGCAGGAAUGCCAAAGUCAGUCUUCUGCCUAAUCAGCUUCCAUCAGAUACUCGUAUAUCAUCCUUUAGGCUUAAGGUGCCAUCUGCUGAACUUGAGAGAUCGUUAAGGAUCAAGGAAAGACUCGAGACAUCACUGACUAUGAAAAGGCUUCUUCUGAUAUUAGUACUUGCUGGAACUUCCAUGGUGAUUGCUGAUGGGGUUGUUACUCCUGCAAUGUCAGUAGUGUCAGCUGUUGGUGGUUUAAAAGUUGGUUUGGCUGCGAUUAAUGAAGACGAAGUGGUGAUGAUUGCAGUUGCCUUUCUCGUAGUUUUAUUUAGUGUUCAGAAGUUCGGAACGAGUAAGGUUGGGCUUGCAGUGGGCCCUGCUUUAUUUAUAUGGUUCUGUUCUCUUGCUGGAGUUGGGAUUUACAAUAUAAUUAAAUAUGACACUAGCGUCUUCAAGGCUUUCAAUCCGAUCCACAUCUAUUACUUUUUCAAGAGAAAUACAAGCAAGGCCUGGUAUGCCCUCGGUGGUUGUCUCCUAUGUGCAACAGGUUCAGAGGCCAUGUUUGCAGAUCUUUGCUAUUUUUCUGUGCGGUCGGUGCAGCUUACUUUUGUUUUUCUUGUUCUCCCUUGCCUUCUUCUGGGAUACCUGGGUCAAGCUGCCUACCUUAUGGAAAACCAUGCAGAUUAUGAGACAGUAUUUUUCUCAUCUAUUCCAAGUGGAGCAUUCUGGCCAGUCUUAGUUAUUGCUAAUGUUGCUGCCCUGAUUGCCAGCAGAACAAUGACCACAGCAACAUUUUCUUGCAUAAAACAGUCAACAGCACUUGGUUGUUUUCCACGUCUGAAAAUCAUCCAUACGUCUCGGAAGUUCAUGGGACAGAUAUAUAUACCGGCCAUAAAUUGGUUUCUGAUGGUUGCUUGCGUGAUCCUAGUCUGUGCUGUUUCAAGCAUUACUGAAAUUGGAAAUGCAUAUGGCAUUGCUGAGCUGGGAGUGAUGAUGAUGACAACUGUCCUAACGACCAUCGUAAUGCUCCUCAUAUGGCAGAUAAAUAUCAUCGUGGUGCUGAGUUUCGCCAUCAUAUUCUUGGGGAUCGAACUAACUUUCUUCUCAUCAGUCCUCUGGAGUGUGGGAGAUGGCAGUUGGAUAAUAUUGGUAUUUGCGGUAGUGAUGUUUCUUGUGAUGUACAUAUGGAACUAUGGAAGUAAGCUGAAAUAUGAGACUGAAGUCAAGCAGAAGAUGUCCAUGGAUUUGCUCCGAGAUUUGGGUCACAACCUCGGGACAGUCAGAGCUCCUGGGAUUGGGUUGCUCUACAAUGAGCUGGUAAAAGGCAUACCAGCUAUUUUCGGCCAUUUCUUGACCACUCUCCCUGCGAUCCACUCCAUGAUAAUAUUUGUCUGCAUUAAGUAUGUCCCAGUCUCUGUUGUGCCUCAGAGUGAGAGGUUUCUCUUCCGACGUGUCUGCCCCAAGAACUACCACAUAUUCCGUUGCAUUGCCAGGUAUGGAUAUAAGGAUGUUCGGAAAGAGAACCACCAGGUCUUCGAGCAGCUGCUGAUUGAAAGCCUGGAAAAGUUUAUUCGCCGGGAUGCCCAGGAACGGUCACUGGAGAGUGAUGGGAAUGAAGAUGAUAAUGAUUCUGAGGAAGAGUCCACUUUUUCAAAGGUUGUGAUAGCUCCUAAUGGUAGUAUGUACUCUCUUGGGGUCCCGCUCCUCUCAGAGUACAUGGAAACUAAUACUAACUCAAUAUCUGAGGCCGGCACAUCUGAAGAGAUAAGACCCGCUCCUCCUGCAGAAGACUCGAGCUCUGAUGCUGAGCACAGCCUCGAGAGGGAGCUAUCGUUCAUUCGCAAGGCCAAGGAGUCCGGGGUUGUCUAUCUUCUUGGUCACGGUGACAUUAGGGCGAGAAAGGACUCAUGGUUCAUAAAGAAGCUGGUCAUAAAUUACUUCUAUGCAUUCCUGAGGAAGAACUGCAGAAGGGGGACCGCUAAUCUUAGUGUGCCCCACACACAUCUUAUGCAGGUCGGAAUGACUUACAUGGUCUGAUGGCUUACAUCAUUUGCCAUGAGUUUUGAGUGCACAAGUGAUGAAUCCCGAUGGAACCCCGGGCUGCCAUCUUCUCUUGUUGCUGCUGAUCUUACGGCCACUCAAACUUAACAGAAAUAUCUCCGAUAUUUAUUCCAUGGAUAUGGGAUUGGGGUCCAGUUGUUGACGGGAAUAACUUUUGAUCUCGACAGCCAAAUUGUGUUUGUCCUUGUAUUUAAUCAAGCUCCAACUGCCCGAUGGAGAAUGGAUUAUGCUCUCUCCAGUUGGUGAGUAUAAUGGCAGAACACCGGGUUUCCGGGUUUUCCCAUGCUUGGGGGUUGAGAGGGAAUUUGGGAGUCUAAUUUGAUGAGCAAUGACAUGAAACUCCGGAAAACUUAUGUCAUUGAAUUUGAUGCUUGGCUUUACGUAGCUCCUUUGUUUAUUUUCCUCCAUGUGUAGAUCGUCUGCGACUGAGUAUACGAAUAUGAGAAAACUAUAUACAGCUUUCA